AUGGCGAUGAUUGGUCUAGAUUUGGUUAUCGAUGCUGUGGAAAAGAAUGUAGAGAAGCCUGAGCCUUCUGCUAAAUCAAGGGACCAAAAUGAAGGCAGCAGGAAAAAGCCUGCUUGGGAAGUGAAGGAAUUACAGAGUAGGGAUAGGCAAACAAAGCUCAAAGCCAAUGCCUUCUUUGCAUCUUUUGACCAAUGCAGUGACAAGGCUGCUGGAGAGAGUGCAUGCACAGCACUAGUAGCUGUUUUCUCACAUUGGCUACAAUCGAAUAGAGAUGCAAUGCCCACGAGAUCAGAAUUUGAUAACCUCAUACUACAAGGUUCCACAGAAUGGAGAAAGCUAUGCCAAAAUGAUAUUUACAUCAAUGAUUUCCCAAACAAGCACUUUGAUUUAGAGACUGUCCUGCAUGCUCGUAUUCGACCUAUAGCCAUCUCGCAUGAUCAAUCCUUUGUUGGAUUCUUCAGCCCUGAGAAAUUUGACUCAUUACAAGGGGUAAUGUCAUUUGAUCAGAUAUGGGACAAGAUUAGUAGUGUCACGGAUGGUUUUGAAAUUGAACCUAGAGUUUAUAUUAUUAGUUGGAACGAUCAUUUCUUCGUAUUGAAGGUGGAAGAAAGUGCUUAUUACAUUGUUGAUACGUUGGGAGAAAGGCUAUAUGAGGGUUGCAGCAAAGCAUACAUACUAAGGUUUGACAAUAACACUAUGAUAUAUGAGAAUGUUGCAGAAGAGAAGUCACAGAAAAAUGAUACUAAGGAUAAGGAAGAGAUGAUAUGCAAGGGGAAAGAAUGCUGCAGAGAAUUCAUCAAGAGAUUUCUCGUUGCUAUCCCUCUAAAGGAACUCGAGGAGCAAGAGAAAAAGGAGACAGUUUCUUAUGUAUCCCUUCAUCAUCGAUUGCAGAUAGAGUUCAACUUGAGUUACUUGCUGUCUUCUUCGUCAUCGUCUUUAACAUCAUCACCUUUCUCUUCUUCUGCUACUCCUACACCUUAAAUUUAGGAUGUACAUUGAAUUUGCUUAGUGUAUAUCUGUAUCAUAGUACUGCCAAUUACAAAUAGGAGCAUACUGACUAGACAUAGAAGAGACAUUGUACACUCUAAUGCUGUUAGAGAUGCUAUAUCAAACAUGAUUAGACCGUGUCAUAAAGGUGUUUCAAGAAUUUUAGAUAUAAUUGACAUGAAAACAGUAUGAACACUAAACACCAAAAUCGAAAAUCAAUGGGUGAAGUAGCGUAGAACAUUAAUAAAACUUCUCAGUGCCCUUGUAGGGAAGACAGUGUGCAUAUCCAAGAAACAUCUCAAGAAAGUUUGGGCCUUCAUUAACUAUUAAUCAUUUUCUCGGUGAAAUGGACUAGUUAGGAUUGGAUUCUUUUUGGUUUUGUGAUGUGCAGUGAAUCUGCAUCUUUGGUGUAAUAUUAAGACUUGUUCCAAUAUUUGGUUGGAUGUUGUGCAUUGAAUAUUUAUUUUUGAGGGCAAUGAGCCAAUGAUGGAUGGAUGGACCUCCACGCAUAAUAUAAAGGAAUAUUUGAUCCAAAUACGUACGUCCUGUCCAUUUUAGAGAUAUGAAAGCUACAAAAGUGCUUACAGCAGAAGAUAUUUCAGCACAUUC